AUGAACAACAACAUGAAUAACUCAACAUAUGAGGAAGAAGGAGCUUUGUCAUGUGGGUAUCCGAGCGUUUCCCUCUUACAACAAACAAUCCGAGCAGGAAGUGUCCUGCUGGUGUUGAUUUGCUCACUUGUGGGAAACAUUUUUGUCCUGUGCGUCGUUAGGAAAAACAUCAAGUUGCACUCUGUGACGCAUUACCUAAUUGUCAACUUGACAGUCGCAGAUCUUUUGAUAACAGUCUUCAACAUGACUGAGUUGCUCAAAAUUGAAGUGACUGGAAGUGAUGAAACUUUCGGUGGCGUUGCUGGCCAAGUUUACUGUAUUGGGAGCAUUGUUAUAUUGAACCUAUCCGUUGCCUGCUCUAUUCUCACUUUAACGGUAAUUUCAAUCGAGAGAUUCUGCUCCAUCAUAUUUCCGUUCAAAAGAUUCAUAACACUCCCACGUGCCAAAGCGAUGUUGGUAUCCAUCUGGUUUUGUUCCUUUCUCAUCACGAUCCCUUUUUUCUUCAAUGUGAAAGCUGUAGAUUAUUAUGGCGACGGAUUGUUCUACUGCAUCGAGGACUGGUCUCCACUUGAUACAACAAAAGCUAACCGAGUGUUUCAGAUUAUUUUCUUCCUAUUGAUGUACGCAUGCCCACUCACUGUCAUCUUGGUACUUUACAUAAUCAUUGCAGUUAGCUUGUGGAGGCGCCAAGCGAGUGCAAAAGCCUCCUCAUUUGGCAAUUCCCAGAGGCGAACACGGAUGACAGCACAGGUAAUCAAAAUGCUUGUCACCAGUGUCGUGGCGUUUGCACUAUGCUGGCUUCCGCAACACGUUGCCCUGUUCAUUGGGUAUUUCAUGCGAGACGUUUGUCCCCCUGAGUUUUUGUGGUUUGGGGGACAAUUACUUGGGUAUGCAAACAGCAUGAUGAAUCCAAUCAUCUACAUUGCUUUUCAUUCCGAGUACAGAAAGGAGUUCAAGGUUGUUGUUGCGAGAUUUUUAUCUAUUUGUUGUGGACUUCGUAAAGGUGUAACAGCUCUAAACCUACAAAAGCUCAGCAAACCUGAAGAUCCAGGUAUGGUCAGUGCUUUAUCGUUUAAAGUGAGACUUAGUGAUGGACUGCCUUCUGAAAUGAGUGAUGAAAUACAAUGA